CUCGAAACUCAUGAUGUGAGCCUGGAGUAUCGAAGACAAAAAAAAAAGUCAUUUCGGCUCCAAUCGGGACAUGAUGAAUCAGAAUUAUUCAAGGUUAAACCGAAUAAUUAUAUAAUUAUCCAACCAUGCCGUCACGCAUUUCCAGCCGCCUCUUCCACACCACCCGCGUGCUCCUCCACGAGAACCCGUUAGGUCUUCCACAAAAGGGCAGCAUCCCCCGCUUCCAGCGCGGCCUCCCUACCAAGCGGCCCAUCAAGGGCGUCGCCCACAUCGUGGCCGUGUCGUCAGCAAAGGGCGGGGUCGGCAAGAGCACGGUGGCCGCCAACCUGUCGCUCGCGCUGGCGCGGCUGGGCCUGCGGGCGGGGAUCCUGGACGCGGACAUCUUCGGGCCGUCGGUGCCGACGCUCUUCGACCUGGCCGCGGCCGGCCCGCCGCGGCUGACGGCGGCGAACCAGCUGGUCCCGCUGACCAACUACGGCGUGCGCACCAUGUCGCUCGGGUACCUGUCGCCGGACGAGGCGGCGCCCGUGGUCUGGCGCGGGCCGAUGCUGCUCAAGGCGGUGCAGCAGCUGCUGCACGAGGUCGACUGGGCCGCGGCGGGCGGGGUCGACGUGCUGGUGCUGGACCUGCCCCCGGGCACGGGCGACGUGCAGCUGAGCAUCGCGCAGCAGGUGCCCGUCGACGGCGCCGUCGUCGUCACCACCCCGCACCUGCUGGCCGUCAAGGACGCCGUCAAGGGCGUCGGCAUGUUCGCCAAGGUUGGCGUCCCCGUGCUCGGCCUGGUGCAGAACAUGAGCGUCUUCAGCUGCCCCUGCUGCGGCGAGACCACCGCCGUGUUUGGCGGGAAUCAGAAGGUGGUCCAGAUGUGCGAGGAGAGGGGGAUCGAGCUCCUGGGGGACGUGCCGCUGCAUCCCAACAUUGGAGAGGACGGAGGUCGCGGGAAACCCACCGUUGCCGCGGAGCCCGAGUCGGAGCGGGCAAAGGUGUUUAUGGAUGUUGCCAGGAAGCUGGCUGCCAAGGUCGGGCUGGAUGUCAGCUGAGGUUCGGGAGCGGUGGAAGGGGUGUCUGAGGAACGUUCCGGUCUCGUGGGACAGAGGCUGCUGGAUGCCUCGCAUCACGGGAAGUGAAGUCAGUAGGCCUUGUACGAUAUGUGUGUGUGUGCAUAUUGCAGGUCU